AUGGCCUACCGCGGUAGACCGAGCAGAGCAUGCCUGGAAUGCCGAGUCAAGCGAAGAAAGUGCGAUCUAUCAAAACCAGCAUGUCGGCAAUGCGUCAGGGCAGGUUCCAGAUGCAGCGGUUACAGAGCUCAGAGCUCUCUCAGCAUCAGAGACCAGACGGCAGAUACCAUAGACAGAGCUCGAGUCCUUUCUGGCAGCAGCAGUACAGCCAGCCAAAGCCUGACCUCUAAGGAAAGUGGUCACGACCCGUGGAUAAGAAUCACGAUCUCACCGCAAGAUCAGGCCCUGCAUUUCUUCUCCUACCAUUAUCUUAUGAAUGGGUCUGGUCGAGCCCUAAGUCACCCUGACUGCCUCUCGGUGCUAUACACGGGGGCGAAGGAACGGGGGUACCUGGCGAACCUCGUCGACGCUGUUGGACUGGGAAGUCUGGCGCAGCUGAGGAAUGCAUCUGAUCUAACUCACACUGCCGGUGUCGCAUAUGCCAGCGCUCUUCGUCAUAUACGAGCGGCACUUGCGGACCCUGUCGAGGCUGCAUCGGACCAGAUGCUAGUCGCCAUCACGUUGUUGGUACUGUACGAGACUGUGACAUGCACCGGCGGUGAUGUGAGCUCGUGGGAUAGACAUGCGGAUGGUGUUCUGGCGUUGGUGCAGCUCCGAGGAGUCAGCCAGCUGCAGAACAGAGUUGGUCGAAGUAUUUUCUUCCAUCUACGCACCAGUAUUCUCAUCGAUUGUCUCCAACGGAGGCUGCGGGUACCAGCUACAUUGACGAACUGGAUGAGCGAGGCUCGGAUUCUUGAAACAGCACAAGAAAGACCUGCGGGCAGUUUGGCAGAUAUAAUUGUCGAAGCAUGCUCUCUUCUCGCAUCUAACGAGAACAAGGCGAAUCCAUCGAGCUACAUUCUAGCAUUCCUGGCCGUUGACGAGAAGCUAGAAUCCUGGGCUAAUACUCUUCCAGCCGAAUACAAGUACACAAUCUCAACUCCGGAUAAUGCAGGACGACAAGACAUCUACCCCGACAUCGACAUGCUCUAUACCUGGAACCUGCAGCGAUGCGCGCGCAUUAUCCUUCGCCAGACACUCGAGACGCUAGCACCACACCACGACCUGCUACAGGUCUCGGACGCUAUUAUCCAGGAGAAUUCAUCAGACAUAUGUUACAGUAUCUCAUACGCCUUGCACUUCUGCGAUAAACCAGGCCAAUCUGGUCAGAUGAGAGCGGCCUGCAUUGUGCCUCUGUUAUGGCCUCUGUACAUUGCAGGAACAGCGCGUACUACCGUCAACACAGUGCGUGAUUGGGUGUUGCUGCAGAUGAAAACUAUCCAAGAGGUUACUGGGAUUCAACGAGCGAGGGUUAUGGCUUUGGAUAUUCAGCGGAGCUGUUGA